CAAUUAAUUACACACUUUAAAAGUUAAAAAAAACAAAGAUUACUUCUAUUAAAAACAAAGUUACCAAGUAUUUUAAAAAGAUUAAAAAUAUUUGAAUUCUAAAUUGAAAAGAAUUCAAUGGAUCCAAUUGCUAAAAAAGAGCCUUAGAACCCUGGCUAUGUCCAUAGGACGCAAGAAGAAAGAUCAAAAAGUUAAAAUAAAAAACCUUAUUCAUAAAGGAUAAAAAGCAGUCAUCCAGCAUUCAGCAGCAAAAAAGAAAAUUUGAAUUAAGAAGGAAUUAGCUAGGAGCUCAGAGAAUUAAAUAAAUUAAAAUAGCUAAGUAAAGAUGUUAAUUAGAGUUCAGCAUCAGAAAUAAUUGAAGUCUCUAGUGUAAAAAUAAAAAAGGCAAACCAAAACAGCUAAAGUUAUCUAAAUGAUUUUAACCAUAAUAUGCAAGUCAAUAAUAGCUUAAAUGGGAAAAAAAUAAAUGAAGAUAAAAAUAGCAUUUAAACAAUACAAGAGUAAAAAAAUGAAGAAACACAAAAAUUAUUUGGCAAUCAAAAAAAGAAUAACUUCCUUAAGAAUAAUCAAAUUUUAGAUUAAAGACUGUAAAAUGUAAAUAUUAACAACCAAUAAAACAACCCAAACGUAAGCAAAGUGACAAAGUAAAUUGCGAUCAAGAUACGAUAAAGAAGUAACAGCCCAACAAUCUUGAAAACCUAGGGCUAGCAGCAAAGUCACCAAAAUAGAAUCAUUUCUGCUAAUCUUUAAUCAAAGGCUAUAGCAGCGGCAAAUAUGCAGAAUUUUAAUGAAUACAAAAUAAACAUGUAAAGUAAUAAAAAGAGAGAAUUCGAAGAUGUUACAAUAAAUAGCAAUGAAGAAAGUAUUAACUCUAUCUAGUAAAAAGAAAAGUUUAAAUAACUACAAGGAGCUGUUAAACCUAUUUCCUAACUCUAAUAAUAAUUGAACAAAAAAAAAUUUGAUGACUCAAUUUUAUCUUCAAAUAAUUCUUCAGAUGUUGAGAAUAAUGGGGAUAAAAUCUAAGAUAAAAGAGUUAAAUCGAUCAGCCUAACGCCAGGAAUAGCUCUCCACAAUUAAUUUAAUCUUAAGGAAAGUCAAAACACUUUCGAUCCUUUAGAGGCAACUAACAACUCUAAUUUAACAUAAAAGAGAAAAUCAUUGGAUAAUGAAAAUAAACUUCCAAGAAUUAAUAAAGUGAUUGCUAAGACAAAAGAAACAACUCUUUACAACUAAUUAAGAGAAAGUAACUAAAAAAACGCAUUAGAACUACCAUCUAUAAUUGAUAAUAUUAAGCAGAAUGUCAAUUCUUGUGAGAAUUUGUUUAAAAAUAGAUUUAAAGACAAGUAAGGAGGGUUUUAAGGCUAGUUUUAAUAGGCAAGUGUAAAUCAAAUGAGUAAUAUUAAAGAAACAGAAAUUAAUUAUGAUUUUGAAACUGAAAACUAAAAUAUUCAUGAGCAAUUUGAUAAGGUAAUUAUGAAGUAAAUCAAAAUAAAAAAUGAUUAGGGUUUAUUGAAAAAGAAUAAACGCUAGGUAGAAAGUGCUAAAAAACGUGAUUCAACUGUGAUUAUAUAAAAUAAAAACAAAAUUAAAGAUGACUCAUCAAUAAGCAAAGAAUCUCCAAAUCAAAUAUUCAAAUACAUAAGAUAGUCUUAACACGGUGAAUAGAGAGAAUCUGUGAAUAGGAGAGAUUCAUCAAUCUCUCAUAAGCAAAAUGGAGCAUCUAUUUAAUAGUUUAUAUAAGCUAGGAAUAGAAUUAAAUCAGAAAAUAAUGUAAUGCAGAAUAACAGUAACAGCAAUUACCAAGACAAAUCCUUCAAAGAUGAUAGUGAAGGUGAAUCUUUCUCUACUGCAGAUAGAAAAAAAUUAAAAAAGCUUAAUUAAAUUUAAUCUUAUUUAAAAAAUAAAAUAGAAAGCAAUCAAAAAUAAAAUUUAAAUGGCUAAAAUUAAGGUUAAAGCUCAAAUAGCAACCAAAUUAAUAAUAGUUUAAUAUCUAAUAAUAAUAAUAAUAAUAACAAUAACAAUUAAAAUAAUCCAUAAAAAUCAUAGCCCCACAACAAAAUUCAAAUGUAAAUUCAGUAAUAACAACUUUUGUAGAUUUCCAAAAAUUAGUAGCAAGCUAUGUCAAACCAAAAGCAGCAAAACAAUCUAGUACUAGAAAGUUAUAAUGAUUAAAAGCAAGGAGCUUCUCCUAAACAAUAAGAUAUGCAAGAGUUGCUGAACUAAUAAAAUUAAAAAAUGUUAUAAUAAAAAGGAGUAAUUGAAGUGUUAGAUUAAGCACUUUGCAAAAGGAAAGAGGAUAAAAUUAGUAAAUCAAUUUCAUAACAGAUAGAAAAGGAGAUUGAUAAAUUAAAUGUGUUAACAUCAAAAAGUUAAAAUGCAAGAGAUUAGCAGCUUAAAAUUUAAGAAGAACUAAUUAAAUAUAAUUUAAAGAUUAAACUUAACAAAAUGAAAGUUGUGGACAUAGUAUAAGAAAAUGAGUAAGAGGAGAAUUUUUGA